UGGCUGGCCGGGGGAGCUGCGGGCGGGCGGGCGUCGGAGCAGCAACAGCUUCAGUCACAGCCUCGGCAGCAGCAGCAGCCAGCGCGCUUAGCUCGGGCUGAGCCCAGCGCUGCCUAGCAGCGUCGCCCUCCGGGUGGUGAGAGCGGGCCGCUGCCCCUCUUUUCUGGCCGGCCGGAGGCCAGCCGGUGCGCCCUGCCUGCUUGCCUGCCUGCUGCCGGCGCUCCCGCAGCUGCGUCCGGGCUCACUCCCCGUCCCCGCGCAGCCGCUCCGGGCUCGCUCCUCGUCCCCUUGUCCUUAUCCGUCGGUCUCCGCUGGGCUCAGCGCGCCCACUCCUCCGGCCAGAUGAUGAACUUCUUGCGGCGCCGCCUCUCCGACAGCAGCUUCAUCGCCAACCUGCCCAAUGGCUACAUGACCGACCUGCAGCGGCCCGAGCCGCAGCAACCGCCGCCGCCUCCCCCCGGCUCGGCCUCGGGCUCCGCCGGGCCGCCGGCCGCUGGCUCCCCGGCCACCGAGCGAAGGCCACCGCCGCCUCAGGGGCAGGGGCAGCCUCAGCAGCCCGCGCCGCAGCCGGCCCCGCCGCAGGCGCAGCCAGCAGCCCCAGUGCAGUCCAUGAGCAGCAGCUUCUUCAGCUCCUUGUCCAACGCCGUGAAGCAGACCGCCGCCUCGGCCGGGUUGGUGGACGCCCCCUCCAGCGCCCCCGCCGUCUCCAGGAAGUCCAAGUUGCUCCUGGUCAUCGAUGAACCGCACACCGACUGGGCCAAGUGUUUUCGGGGCAAAAAGGUCUGUGGAGAUUACGACAUCAAAGUGGAACAGGCAGAGUUUUCCGAGCUCAACCUGGUGGCCCAUGCCGAUGGAACCUAUGCCGUGGACAUGCAGGUCUUCCGAAAUGGCACAAAGGUUGUCAGAUCCUUCCGGCCAGACUUUGUGCUUGUCCGGCAGCACUCCUUUGGCAUGGCCGAGAAUGAGGACUACCGAAACCUGAUCAUUGGCAUGCACUAUGCUGGCAUCCCCAGCGUCAACUCCCUGGAUUCCAUCUACAACUUCUGUGACAAGCCCUGGGUGUUUGCCCAGCUGGUGGCCAUCUACAAGAAUCUAGGAGGAGAGAAAUUUCCUCUCAUUGAACAGACAUUCUACCCCAAUCACAAAGAGAUGCUGACACUACCGACGUUCCCCGUGGUGGUAAAGAUUGGGCACGCCCACUCGGGCAUGGGCAAGGUAAAGGUGGAGAAUCACUAUGACUUCCAGGACAUCGCCAGUGUGGUGGCCCUUACCCAGACCUAUGCCACAGCUGAGCCAUUCAUCGAUGCCAAGUAUGACAUCCGGAUCCAAAAGAUUGGCAACAACUACAAAGCUUAUAUGAGGACAUCCAUCUCAGGAAACUGGAAGACGAACACUGGAUCUGCAAUGCUAGAGCAGAUUGCAAUGUCAGACAGGUAUAAGCUGUGGGUGGACUCCUGCUCUGAGAUCUUUGGGGGCCUGGAUAUCUGUGCUGUCAAGGCUGUGCAUGGCAAGGAUGGGAAGGAUUACAUUUUUGAGGUCAUGGAUUGUGCAAUGCCUCUAAUUGGGGAGCACCAGGUGGAAGACAGACAGUUCAUCACUGAACUGGUCAUCAGCAAAAUGAACCAGCAGCUCUCUCGGACCCCUGCCCUGUCUCCCCAGAGACCCUCAACCACCCAGCAACCUCAGAGUGGGAGUUUGAAGGAUCCGGAUUUGAGCAAGACACCCCCACAACGCCCCACCCCUCAAGGGGGCCCUGGGCAACCCCAAGGAAUGCAGUCCCCAAGCAAGGCGCUGCCUUCACGACGCUUUUCCCCGGGACCACCACCACCACCACACUCCUCCUCCUCCUCUUCCUCCUCCUCCUCCUCUUCCUCCUCCUCUUCCUCGGCUCCUCAUCCCGGCGGCCCAGCCGCACAGGCCAGUCCGACCUCCAGCCCACUGACCGAGUCCCAGGCGCCCCAGCCGGAGCUGCGGAAAUCCCAGCCUCAUCCACAGCUAAACAAGUCCCAGUCCUUGACAAAUGCCUUCAGCUUCACUGAGUCCUCCUUCUUCCGGUCAUCAACGAAUGAGGAGGAAGUCAAAGCCGAGACCAUCCGCAACUUGAGGAAAUCCUUUGCCAGCCUCUUUUCAGAUUAAGCCCCUGGAUCCCCCAGAUCCCUCCCAACCAAUGUGUCUAGCACCUCUGACAGCUCCCAGCCCUCCAUAGUGAUAACUCCUGUGACCAUCAUUCUGUGCCCCUCCCCCCCUUCUCUGCUCCAUUCAUUAUAUCAAGCAAGUUAUGUAGCUUCGAAAGGACCCCGAGAGGGCAGGCAUAAGGCAGCAGAGAGGAAUACAUGGACUUUCCCAUUACCCCAAAACCUCUAUGUCAAGGUCCCAGUUAGCUGUGAUUUGAGUGGCCUUAUUGUGAUGCUCAGUCAUACCUGAUUCUGUCCCCUGGGACACUGGGACAGCUUUCCUGGAGGACUCUGGGUGGCUUUAGCUAGUUUAGAUACAGUAUAGUUGCAUGCUUCUUUUAAGCUGUUUCUUUUGAUUUUGUUUUCUUUAUAUUGUGUUUUAGUCAGUACUUUAUAUGUGGAGAGUAAGCAGAAAUUCUCUAGCCUCAGACUCUUAGGAACCCAUUCUUACCUGUUUCUCCUGUCAGUUUAAUUGUGAAAAAAGAGAAAAGAAACUGGUUUCCUUGUGACCCUGAGUGUCUAUCACCAGCCACAGUGUCCUGUUGUAUUUCUGAAGCAUUAUCAGCCUCCUGAAGCGAGAACCCCUGACUCCACGUUCUCUUUUGUCCUUCCUGGCCCAUGUGCUGGGAGAACCGAGCUUUGAAGCUACACUGUGAAGACAAAUGCAUGGCAGUGUGAUAGCACCAAGGCUAGUUCUGUGUUCACCUCCAAAAUAAAUGCUAAGCCAUGUGGUUAACAACCAAA